AUGCUUGCUCUUCACGGUCGACGUUAUCGCUCGUCGACAUCGGCAUCGGCACAUCAAACCUCUCAGGCGACAGAGAUUCUACAUACGCUCCUUCAGCGACUAUCUGACACCAUCAGCCUUCCUGUUGCCGGGGAUUUCCCAGAUACCAAACAAGUGAUCGGUCAGGCCCAACAUGUCCACCAACACCUUUCUGCUCUGCCGCCACCUUCUCCGCCCCAGGACGAUUUCCGCCAUCUUCACGGCUUUCAUGUCUUUUUGAACGUGUUGCGAUCGUUCGCUGGUUUCUACAACCCUAAUAAACGGACAGAGUCGGAGAAGAAGGCUGUGUUUGAGCUGUUGCAUGUUGUGCUAGCGACCUUUUCCGCAGCCUUUCGUGGCCAUACUGGCAACCGGCGAUACUUCCAGGAGAGAGUUGAAGGUGGUGGCUGGGAGGCUCUGGAACAGACAAUUGCAAGCAUUGGCAUCUGCGGGGGUGACGUGGACCCUUGGACAUCGUGCCAGCUUUUCGGAAAGCUGUUUUCUUUUGCCCUGGAUGACCAGCGCCUAGAUGGUUUCUUCUGUUCUGCUGUGACACCAGAACCAUUAAGCACUGCUCCCGAUACACAAAAUGGAGAUCAAAAGGAGAACGCAGCAGCAGCUGAAGAUGGCAGUCUUGUCAAUAUCAGCCUGCCUGCUGUUUACAAUAUUGAGGUCAUUGAGCAGAGGCUGAGGGCAAUCAUUGCGCCGACGACUGUGGUUCAAAAUGCCGAAAUAGUCCGUACCAUUGUUGCCUUCUGGGAAUCACUCCCUAGAAGUCCAGGGACUGCUCCGAACCUUGCGUCCCUCAUGGUUCUGGAAACACUGUCCCUAGUUGCAUCUGCGUCUUUCCACAAUCUCAAUGCUCUGCACGCAAGUGGUCUUUUGUCCAGACUGCUUCACCUGCUGUUUGGCGAACAUAGCCCCCUGACAGAGCCGGAGAGAACGAAAGCAUUGUGCUUAUGCAGGUCACUGAUGUCUCUCGGUGUCGAAAGGCUUGAAGAUGCUCAAUUCUUGUUGACCCGUCGAGACGUAGCCACGUCCGAGUUUUGCCUGCAAAUGGCAGAGAGGUACACAGGACCUCCCUUCAUUCAUUUUGAUCUUUCGCUCCAUGGAUAUUCUUCCAUUGAGCUUCCCAGCUUGGGCCGCUCGUUCCCCCCUCAGACUGCCCCUGGCUAUACAUUUACCGCGUGGAUUCGUAUCGACAAGUUUGAUCCAGACUCGCACACAACACUCUUUGGAGUAUUUGACGCUACCCAGACCUGUUUCCUCCUGGCGUAUCUGGAAAAGGAUACCAGAAACUUCAUCCUCCAAACCUCCAUCACUGCUCCACGCCCUAGUGUGAGAUUUAGGUCGGUUGUCUUCCAGGAGGGUCAUUGGUACCAUAUCGCUAUCGUCCAUCGAAGACCCAAAACAAUAACGGCGAGUAAGGCAAGCUUGUAUGUCAACGGCGAAUUUGCGGAGCAAGUUCGCGCAGGUUAUCCCAGCCCGCCUCCACCUACCAACCCAAGUGUGGAAAGCUUUGUAUCCUUUCCCUCAACCACGGCCAAGACGAACCCAAUACAGGCAUUUUUGGGGACACCUCGCGGCCUAGCAGCGCAGCUGGGGGCGGGCCUUGUGCAUUCAAAGUGGUCUUUGGCAUCUGCCCAUCUCUUCGAGGACGUGCUGAGCGACGAUCUCCUCGCCGUCUACUACCGGCUAGGUCCACGUUAUCAAGGAAACUUCCAGGAUUGCUUAGGCGGCUUCCAGACUUACGAGGCCUCGGCUGCCCUAGGCCUACGCAAUGAAGUUUUUCAUCCCGGAAAGGACGAGAACUCGGACAUCUUGAAGGCCAUUAGGGAUAAGGCCGGCACAAUCGUCCCUGAAAAUAAAGUCCUCUUGAGCGUAUUCCCGCGAGCCGUAUUCUCGCCUGAUGGCAAGUUCCUGGACACGCUACUCUUCCGAUCGCUCUCAAGGAAUGCGGCUAGUGCUCUCUUUCAUGCGACCGUUAAGAGUGGAACUGCGGUUGCCCUCAACGGUGCCGUGGCCUGCGUGAAUGAUGCAUUGAUCAAGCUUAAUGGGGUCUCUGUUUUGGAAGGAAGACCCAUGGUUGCCACUCCCUGUCAUUUGGACGACAACCUUUGGCGUCUAGGCGGCUUCACACCGGUUGCUCUUAAGUUGGUAGAGCGGUCGUCCACUGGCGAUGAGCUGUUACGAGCCGUUGAGCUUAUGUUCCACUGCAUCAGCAACAACUGGAGGAACAGCGAGGCCAUGGAAAGAGAUACUGGUUACGCCAUUCUGAGCAUGCUAAUCCGGGCGAAGCUGGGAUAUGGAGUUGCUGGCAAUGAAGCUCUGUCUCAGGCGUGGCGCCUGUCGCUGACAAGCGAGGCCAGAGACCGUCUAAGCUUCCAACUCCUCAGUCUUCUGUUGCAUUUUGUCGGCUAUAAGCACGCCGAUCCAAUUGAGUCUUUCAUCAUCAACCCUCUUGCUUAUCGUGUGCUCUUGAUCGAUCCGGACACAUGGAGGAGGUCCUGCACCAGGACUCAAGAGCUCUAUUACAAACAAUUCCUGACCUUUGCAGUCAAGAGCAAGCAUCAUCAGUUCAACAGUCGCCGGCUACUUCGAAUGCGCAUCAUCAAAAGGCUUCUAGAUGCCUUGAAGGCUGAGACGAUCUCAGAGGAGAUCAUGCCUCAUUUUAUGGCAUCCUUCGAGGCUUUGGUGAAGUGUAACUACAGUGCGGAAGUUCACCGGUCCAUUGCUCUCUUCAUUACCUACGCCUUCCACACUCCCGGCUCGCUCCCACGUACACCCAAGCCAGGUUCCGUGGGCAAUCGAUCUGCUACCCCUGUUUCGGGGGUUGUUCGGCGGCAGACCGCAUCAUCCAUCGACCCUCCCUCCCUGUCCUCUUCCCAGACCUCAACACUGCUCACCAAGAAAGAACUUGGCAUCCGGCUGCUGGAGAUGUACACCAGACUUCUCUGUGAGAAGUCCAAUUUGGUUGACAUCCGCAAGUUUGCCAAGACAGUCACUAAUAAGGUGAUAAUUGAGGUCGGCCCAAAGAAGAAGAAAAAGGAAUACGUGCUGACCACCCGGCAGUGGCUUCUCUACUUGCUUGCCGAAAGCAAUCCAAAAAUUGUGGUUUACGGCUGCAAGAUCCUUGCUCGUCUCCUCGUCACGCAGCCCUCCAGCUACACGAACAAGUUUGCGAGCAAGACCGGCGGCUUCUGGAUCAUGGCUCAUCGACUGAAGCAGUGGUGGGAUAUCUCCACUCUUUGGCCGAUCUUGUUCAGCAUCCUCUUCGGACACGAUGUUGCCAACAUCGACUUUGACAAGUCAUUCGACUUCUUCAGUCUGCUGGAGAUCUUUGGCGAAAGCAAGGUCGUGUUUCCUGAUGUGUUGCCCGUUAUCACCGCCAUGUUACAGCAUGGCCUCCGGGAUGUUAUCAAGUAUCAGGAUGACCCGGACUCACCAGCGGGCGACUCAACCCCCACGAAAGCCUGCCAAUCUUCCCUUGGAUCUGUCCAAACACGACCUCGGGCCCGCUCAAUGGAGCUGGGCCAGGCCCUUGAGCCACGAAGAACACAACCUGACAAGGAGAGGGUUGCAGCCAAUGCUGGUGUCCUGCAAACCGUUGUGCGUUUCCUCGCCGACAUGCACGCCCGUUCAGCAAACUUCCGGGAUUUUGCCCUCACUUCGGACUACGUCCGGUUGCUAUGCUCUGCUUUAUACCCCGUCAUCGUCAGUGCCGAUCCGGUCAGCGCAGAGACUGAGUUGAAUUCCAAGGACAGCGGACUUACUUUCGAGGGUGUCGAUGUCAUCAUCCGUCCUGUUCCUGGCUCUUCAUCCAAUGCCAUUCCCAUUGUCAGGACGGCUGGCUCAGCACCGACUUCUGAUUUGGCUUCUACCCCACCGUCCUCUAGCAGAAGGUUUCCCCUACGGCGGCCAUCGUCAUUUGUCUUGGUCACUGCACAACCGCCUCCAACUGCUCCAACCCGCUUGACACCGAUCAUGUCACCCAAGAAAAAAGUGGCCACCCGCAACAUUAGUAAUGCUGUGCUAGAGGGGCUCAUGGAACUCAUCAUUGGGGUGUUCACCGAUCAGAUCCUGGUCAGGAAGGAAUUCCCUGGUUUUAGUUUGUUCUUAAAGGUUCCGCCUGGGUUCCAGGAGCACCGCGCGUACUUUGAGACGUACAUUCUACGGAAUGUCAUGACUCAUUUGAAGAACGCUAUUCAGCUGGAGCAGAAACUGCUGGUCGAACCCAGAAUUUUGCAGAACCUUUCUCGUCUCAAUCUCCACAUGAUUGAGAUUGUCUUCGAGGGAUGGUUCAUGAACGGGGCCGAGACAAUGAUUGAUUUCAACGGCACAGUCUUGGAGUAUCUGCAGAGACCCGAAGUGGCAUCAUUGAAGAGCGUUCGACUCUGCAGCAGUGCGGUUCAGACGAUCAAAACUGCAUUCUUGAAGUUCGCUCUUCUCCGGCUGUCGGACAUGGACGACCCAGAGAUUAAGGAAUCCGAGGCCGUUGCCGUCAUGGAGCAGCUCCUGUACUGGCAGACUGUGUUACUUGACUCGCUGACGCUGGAUGGGGAGUACAUGAAGCUGCUGUGGUACCAGCUUUACAACAAGCUGGUGGAUUCACGUCAUUCGGUCCGCUUGAUCGCCUCUACCCUCUGGCGUAUCAUGCUUGUUCAGAAGCCCGACGAAAGCGCGGCGUUGCUGCGGCAGACCAUCACGCCGGAUCAACGGUGGCUUGCUAGGGACUUUGAAAAGCUCACGGAACUGGAUGACCUCUCAUUCCUGGAGUGGGUAGAUGAAAACCGUUCAUCUCUCGACGUCCUCUUUCUGGGUGGCAUGUCGAAGGCAUGGGAAGAUUUUGUCGUGGCUGAAAACCAGAAAUCUGGAGAUAGUGCCAAGAUGAGACUCAAGCAUCGCAAGGACAAGCUACGGCAAUGGCACAUGGAAAACCUGGAGCGCGAGAACGUGCUUCUCCGCCAUGAGAUGGCCAACAGCGCAUGGAUGAAGAGCAUUUACUUUACUGAGCAUUUUAAGCACCAGAGACUUCUCCAGGACCAGCAGGAUGAUAAUGCAUUCAUGGCUUCGACGUUCGCCAGAAUGGAACGCGAUCUGCGCCGUGCUGGGGCUGUAUUUGCUGAGCCGCAAAACAUCAAGUGGAAGCUAGACCGGACCGAAGGCCGGAAUCGCAUGCGUCUUAGGUUGCUGCCAGAGUACCCUAGCCAGCAACGACAACAGGAAUUCCAGCCCAAGCGAAGCAACACCGCUGCUGCCAAACCCAUCGUUGUCUCGACAAAAGGCUCGUCAGCUCAGGGAUCCUCGGCAACCCUUUCGGCUUCAGUUCCCACAAGUGUGGCCGGGGCACUGGACGGUACUGCUGGAGAUCCUGAUAUCUCCGUUGAACCUGAGCUUGUGCCUGGCAGAACCGAGGAUCAGAGUAGUGUCGCUCCAGAAGAAGAUUUUGAGAUGGUAGAAGAUCCAAAUGAGCCUGACGGCGAUGAUACUUUUGAGGAUAAGAAUCGGAAGGUCAUGCGUCGUCUCCAGCAAGGGGACACCGUUCAGAACGUCUUCAACAUUUCGCGCAUCAUUGGCCUGGAUGCUUCGGAAGGCAUCCUGAUUAUCGGAAAGGAAGCACUCUAUCUCAUGGAUAAUCUCUUCCAGAGCUCCGAUGGCGAAAUUGUGAAUGUUUGGCAGGCACCGCCUGAAGAGCGUGAUCCGUUUUCGAUCAUCAUCACGGGAGAUAGGCCGAACGAGAGACGGCAAAACCAAGGCCGGCCGGAGCAAGAAUCCCGUAGCUGGCGGUGGCGCGACGUUCUCAGUAUCUCCAAGAGGAGGUUCCUCUUCCGUGAUGUGGCCAUCGAAAUCUUUUUUACUGAUGGACGCAGCUAUCUGCUCACGGCAAUUAAUCCAGCGAAGCGGGAUGAGAUUUAUGCCAGGUUAACCGCCAUGACGCCUCACACCACAAAUCCCAGUCUGCUUCCUAACCCUGAAGAUGCCUGGCGGCUCGAGUGCCUUAAGCUCAGCGAAGAGGCACCGCAGUCUCUGGGGGCAAAAUUUGGCAGCAUCUUCAACUCUUCAGGUUGGCACCAGGCGAUGAAGCGUUGGCAGCGCGGUGAGAUCUCGAACUUCCACUACCUUAUGCUCAUUAACACCAUGGCUGGGCGAACCUUCAACGAUCUCACGCAGUACCCGGUCUUCCCCUGGGUGUUGGCUGACUACACAAGCGAAGAACUCGACCUCACCAACCCUGCCACAUUCCGAGACUUGACUAAACCUAUGGGUGCGCAAACGCCAGCGCGGGCGGCUGACUUUGCCAUGAGGUAUAAGAGCCUGUCGGAGAUUGGCGAAACACCUUUCCACUACGGAACGCACUACUCGUCAGCCAUGAUUGUAUCAUCAUACCUAAUCCGUCUCCCACCAUUUGUGCAGUCUUUCGUUCUCCUCCAGGGCGGUACAUUUGACCAUCCCGACCGUCUCUUCUUUUCCAUUGAGGGCGCCUGGAGGUCGGCGUCGCGAGACAACGGAUCAGAUGUGCGUGAGCUGAUUCCUGAGUUCUUCUAUCUCCCGGACUUCCUGACAAACAUCAACGGGUACAACUUCGGUGUGCGGCAGGGCGACGGUGGUCAGGUGAACCAUGUCAUCUUGCCGCCGUGGGCGAAGGGUGACCCUAAGAUCUUCAUCGCCAAGCAUCGCGAGGCACUGGAGAGCCCAUAUGUCAGCCAGAACCUGCACCACUGGAUCGACCUUAUCUUUGGGUACAAACAACGUGGAGAGCUGGCUGUUGAGAACCUGAACGUUUUCCAUCCGCUAUCAUACAAGGGCGCUCGCGACCUCGACAAUAUUACCGAUCCCCAGGAACGGCUGAUCACGACGGGUAUUAUUCACAACUUCGGCCAAACCCCUCAUCAGAUUUUCACCAAGCCUCACCCCCCACGAGAGUUUUACCGCUGUCCAGUCAAGCGGCUAGAUUCGUCGGUUCAUGCUCUAACCCGACUGCCGUACCCGCUGCUAGAGAGCCGCGAGCGAGUGGCCUCGUUGAUUUAUGUGCCGAAGCUGGACCGCUUGCUUUGCGCAUCUCCAUUCCGGCUCAAUCUGCCACCACACUAUGACAAGUUCCUAGAAUGGGGCUACACGGACAACAGCGUACGCUUCUUCCUGAGCGACAACCGCAAGCCAGCAGGGAUGUUUGAGAAUCUGCAUAUCGGGCAGAUCUCGACAGUGGCAUUCGCCGACUCUAAGACUCUUAUCACGGCGGGCGAGGACUGCGUGGUUUUGGUGCAUAACGUAGUGUCGCAACCGGGGAAGCCAGUCGUGGAACUACAUCUCCGUUCGUCGCUCUUCGGACACAAGACGCCGGUGACGCACAUCGCUGUGUCCAAAGCGUUCAGCACGAUUCUGACCGUGUCGGCCCAGGACGGCGCCGCCUUCCUGUGGGAUCUGAACCGUCUCGAGUUUGUGCGGCGCCUGCCGCCCAUCGCACCACGGCCUGGUGGUGUCGGCGUUGAGUGUGCCAAAAUCAACGACGCCACAGGCGAUAUCAUGAUAUGCUGUGGACAGAACGUGCUACUGUACACCCUCAACGGCGAGCUCAUCCUCGACCAGAACGUCUGUGUGCCACCUAAUGCCAGCCCGCCUGCUAACAGCAACAAGAGCGCUGGUAGUGGUGCUAAUGGCGGCUGGGAAGAUGAUUUCGUCCACUCGUGCGCCUUCUAUGAGGGAUCCGGCGGCAACGAGUGGCUCGAGAACCAGCUGGUCUUCACCGGCCACAAGCGCGGCGUCGUGAACAUUUGGAGAAAGACUGUUGACGACCGCGCUGGUCGCUGGGUCUUACAGCACAUGAGGCGGCUGGACCACGUAAAUCCCAAGAGCGAGACGGGCGUGAACGUCGAGGCGGCCAUUACGUGCAUUGCGCCGCUGCCGACACUGGUAUAUACGGGGGAUGAAGAUGGGCGAGUGUAUGAGUGGAAUUUGGUACAGCGUGAGAGGUAA